UAACAUUCUCAAUAUCCAAGAUGGCAGAAAGCGACAUUGGUGCGUUAUCAUGUGAACCGAUGUAAUGAUGUUUUCUUGAAAUUUUUCGUCGCGAGUGGAUAUUAAAAUUGUGUAUCAGUGAAUUGUGACCAAUUAAACCAUGGCGGACUUAAAAUCACCGCCGUAUAGUGACAUUAAAAGACCUGAGGAGGUCGUCAGGAUGACGACGAACGACAGCCUGAAAUUUGCAGUUCUUAUCGGGCUGAUUGAAGUCGGACAGGUAACCAACCGAGAGGUGGUCAACACCGUCCUUCACCUGCUGGUGGGUGGCGAGUUCGACAUGGAGCUGAACUUCGUGAUCCAGGACGCGCAGAACAUCCAGCACAUGCUGGAACUGCUGGACCACUGCCCGCCCAGCCUGCAGGCGGAGAUAUGGUCGGUGUUCAUCGCGAUCCUGCGCAAGAGCGUACGCAACCUGCAGGCUUGCACGGACGUGGGCCUCAUCCACCACGUGCUGCAGCGGCUGCCGCGGGCGGAGACCGUCGUAGCGGAUCUGCUGAUAGAGAUGCUGGGAGUGCUCGCGAGCUACAGCGUCACAGUCAAAGAGCUCAAGCAGCUGUUCAACGCCAUGAAAGCUGUCAACGGUAAAUGGCCGCGGCACUCCGCGAAGCUGCUCAACGUUCUCCGACAGAUGCCGCAUCGGAACGGGCCCGAUGUUUUCUUCAGCUUCCCCGGCAGAAAAGGAUCGGCGAUAGUGCUGCCGCCCCUGGCUAGGUGGCCGUACGAGAGCGGGUUCACAUUCACCACGUGGUUUCGGCUCGACCCCAUCAACUCUGUCAACAUUGAGCGGGAGAAGCCAUACUUGUAUUGCUUCAAGACGAGCAAAGGCGUGGGCUACACGGCGCACUUCGUGGGCAACUGUCUGGUGCUGACGUCCAUGAAGGUGCGGGGGAAGGGGUUCCAGCACUGCGUCAAAUACGAGUUCCAGCCCAGGCGAUGGUACGCGAUAGCGGUGGUGUACAUCUACAACAGGUGGACGAAGAGCGAGAUCAAGUGUCUGGUGAACGGGCAGCUCGCAUCCAGCACUGAAAUGGCGUGGUUCGUCUCCACUAACGAUCCUUUCGACAAAUGCUACAUCGGUGCCACCGCGGAGCUGGACGAGGAGCGAGUGUUCUGCGGUCAGAUGGCAGCAAUCUAUUUAUUCGGGGAAGCGCUCACGACGCACCAGAUCUGCGCCAUGCACCGAUUGGGACCUGGUUAUAAGAGUCAGUUCCGAUUCGACAACGAAUGCAACAUCAGUUUGCCGGAGAAUCACAAAAGGGUGAGCGAGACGAACGCUCCCAAGCUUGAUGCAGAAAUACCUUCCCUUACCUUACCAGACGUCCACGAAAUAACCGAGAACCGAGAUCCAGAAACCCAUGAUCCCGAAUCCCAGUCUCCCGAACCCGCUUCGCAAGAUGAAGAUACUAAGGCGACAGAAACGGAAGAAGCUUCAGUAGUUUUUAAAGAAGAUUCUACGCCUCGAGGGCGCCGAAUGGCCGACGAGGCGCGCGAAGUCGCCGCAGCGCAUGCUACCCUGCUCGUAGAUAUUGAAGCAUGCAAGCGUGUACUCUACGACGGCAAGUUGUCGUCUGGAAUAGUGUUUAUGUACAACCCAGUGGCGACCGACGGCCAGCUGUGUCUACAGUCUGCACCCAAAGGCAACGUGUCAUAUUUCGUGCACACGCCGCAUGCACUGAUGCUACAGGAAGUAAAAGCGGUAGUGACACAUUCAAUACACAGCGCGCUCAACUCUAUAGGCGGCGUGCAGGUGCUGUUCCCCUUGUUCGCGCAACUCGACUUACCGCAUGAUGCUCCAGCGACCGACCCCAAACGAGACCCCAUGCUUUGCUCAAAACUCCUCGGCUUCGUGUGCUCCCUGGUAGAAUCCUGCAGCACGGUACAACAGCACAUGCUGCAAUGUCGAGGCUUCCUAGUAAUAUCGCACAUGCUACAACGAUGCGGCAGGGACCACCUUACGCCGGACACGCUCGCUUCGUUCUUACAUUUGACUAAACACCUUGUGACUUGCUGCUCUCCUAAUUCUGAUCUGCUAUUGAAACAGUCUUUUUGCGAAUCCUUCCUCACAUGGCAGCUCUUGGACCACAUACUCUUCAACCCUGCGCUAUGGAUCCACACACCUGCCGCUGUUCAGGCGAGGCUAUACUGCUACUUGGCGACGGAUUUCCUUGCCGAUGCACACAUAUACGGCAGUGUCAGACGAGUCAGCACGGUGCUGCAGACAGUACACACAUUGAAGUAUUACUAUUGGGUUGUGAAUCCGAGGACGAAGAGUGGGAUUAUUCCUAAAGGAAUGGAAGGACCGCGACCGGCCCACAAAGACAUUUUGACGAUCAGGGCGUACAUCUUGCUGUUCUUGAAACAACUCAUCAUGAUUGGCAACGGUGUGAAGGAGGACGAGUUACAGUCGAUACUCAACUAUUUGACCACUAUGCACGAGGAUGAAAACCUACACGACGUGUUGCAAAUGUUGAUCUCCCUGAUGUCGGAACACCCCAGCUCUAUGGUACCGGCGUUUGAUGGAAAAGGUGGUGUGCGGACUAUCUUCAAACUCCUCGCUUCAGAGAGCCAGUUGAUAAGAUUGCAGGCGUUGAAACUUCUGGGUUUCUUUCUAAGCAGAAGUACACACAAAAGAAAAUACGACGUGAUGUCGCCCCACAACCUGUACACGCUGCUGGCGACGCGGCUGAGCGCGAGCGGCGAGGCGCUGGCGCUGCCGGUGUACAACGCGCUGUACGAGCUGCUCACCGAGCACGUGGGCCAGCAGAUCCUGUACACCAGCCACCCGGAGCCGCAGCCGCACUUUCGCCUGGAGAACCCGAUGAUUCUGAAAGUCGUCGCCACUUUGAUCCGCCAGUCAAAACAAACAGAGCAACUGUUAGAAGUCAAGAAGCUUUUUUUAUCCGACAUGACGCUACUGUGCAGCAAUAAUCGAGAAAAUCGACGGACUGUCCUACAAAUGUCCGUGUGGCAAGAGUGGCUUAUAGCCAUGGCGUAUAUACAUCCAAAGAACGCAGAGGAACAGAAGAUAUCCGAUAUGGUGUAUUCGUUAUUCAGAAUGUUACUACACCAUGCCAUUAAACACGAGUAUGGUGGGUGGCGCGUCUGGGUCGACACCUUGGCGAUUGUGCAUUCAAAGGUCUCGUACGAAGAAUUCAAACUACAGUUUGCUCAAAUGUAUGAACAUUAUGAGCAAAGGCGAGCUGAUAACAUCACGGACCCAGCGGAAAGACAACAGCGUCCCAUUUCCACCAUAUCCGGUUGGGACAGACAUACGGACGGACAAGUCAAGUCCAGAGUUCUACCAGACACUGACGAUAGUGUCGACAGUACCCCCGUAUCUAUUAGAAAGUCUAACGUACUUAACCACGGAGCUCAAACUGAAAUAGGUAAAGGGUUAUCUCUUAGAGAAGUUGAGUCGUGUCGAUGUAAAAAGUCUAGUGAAAGUACAGAAGAUAGUCGGACUACAGUAGUGUAUAGUGAAGUGUGUAAAGUGCAUAGUCCCGCCAAAACUGUUACAGUUAAUACCGAAGUGCCCUGCGAUGAAGGUUGUGAUAGUAGUAAUACUGAAGUCGAACACGCCAUCGACGAAGAAGCUAUCGAGCAAAAUAUGCUCAAUGCGAAUACCGAGUUAAUCCAAUCAAUUAUUGAAACUAAACUUCUAGAAAGUACUGAAUCUGGAACUGGAACGAUUGAACUUGAUUCUGUGAAACUUGACAAACCCUUGUCGCGACAAGGUAGCUUAGAUUACAUUCCUGUUAGAGAUGUGGGUGAUAAUUUAUUAAAAGACGAUAAUACUGAUAGAAGCGAAGGCCUCCCUUCUAGUCUAUCUGUAAGUGAAACAGCUAGUCCAGAAAGAAUCGCUGAUGCAUUAAAUAUAGUCACUGAAAGAGAAUCUGAACUAUCAGAUCCGUCCGAAUUAUAUUUGACUCCGAGUGAAGCGACUAGUCCCAAAAAAAUACAAGAUAAGACAGAUUCUAGCAUACCAGAUGAUUUCGCGGAUGGCAUUCCAGACGAAUCAACGGAUGACCCGAAACAUAUUGCUAUUAAUAUAGUUAAUGACGUACUGACAGUUGCUUUAGAGACUGUUAGAUUAAAAACAGACGAUGACACAGAUUCAGGUGCCAUUUCGGGAGGUAUUCCUUCAGAAGGAAAUACGCCUAAUGGAAGAGAGGAUCUUGAACAAGAUAUUGAAGAUAUUUUAGACCAAAAACAAGCUGCAGAGAAUAUUGCUAAUGAGAUAGUUAUGGAUAUUUUAGCUUCAGUCGUCUGUAGAACUGAAGAAGUUAUAGAACCAGAUAGUUUACAUAGUCCAGAACGAGUAAUUCCUUCAGCUCAUCCUCAUGAAGGUAACGUAUUACCUCUUGAUGGUGAAUUUAUAGUUCCUUCAAAAGAAGAAUCGAAUAACGAAUUUGCAGCUAUAGAAGUUUUAAAUGACGAAAAUGCCAAAAAUGAAAGCCAAAGAAUAGAAACGAAUACACCGGAGGAGCCUAAAACGCCAGAAAUCCCUCCGAUAUCGACGAUUAGUGAAAAUAUUUCCUUAGGAAAUAAAAAGCAACAAGAACGCGACGAGGAAAGGGUUGGUGAGAGUGAUAGAGACAAAAGAAGAGUAAGUUUACCGGGCGGUAGUGAGAUGAAACAGGACAGCAGCAGAGAAGGUGUGUCCUCACAAGGAACGAACACGUCGAAGUCGCCAAAGCGACCUCGCAGUGCCUCCACAAGCACGCAAGUGGAUUCUAAUCAUUUCGAAACGAAGCGUCCGUCUAAAUGCAGUCGGCCGAUGUUCUCGCCGGGACCGACGCGCCCUCCGUUCCGCAUACCGGAGUUCCGCUGGUCGUACAUACACCAGCGGCUGCUGUCUGAUGUGCUGUUCUCAUUAGAGACAGACAUACAGGUGUGGCGGAGCCAUUCGACCAAGUCCGUGAUAGACUUCGUGAACAGCAGCGAGAAUGCGAUAUUUGUUGUAAACACGGUUCAUUUGAUAAGUCAACUUGCUGACAACUUGAUCAUCGCCUGCGGUGGAUUGUUGCCCUUGCUUGCUUCUGCCACAUCGCCUAAUAACGAAUUGGACGUGAUCGAACCUACUCAAGGCAUGCCGGUAGAAGUGGCAGUUACAUUCCUACAGAGGCUAGUGUCUAUGGCCGAUGUUCUGAUCUUCGCGAGCGCUUUGAAUUUUGCCGAAUUGGAGGCGGAGAAGAAUAUGUCUAGCGGAGGGAUUCUGAGACAGUGCUUACGAUUGGUGUGCACGUGCGCCGUGCGAAAUUGUCUCGAGUGUAAAGAGCGACAACGAUGCGCCGCCGCGAGAAACAACCGGAACGAUUCACCUUCGCCCAAGAGCGUGGUGGCCAGUCUAGCAGAUGCUUCGAGUCCAGUAAAAGACCCGGAGAGACUUCUUCAAGACAUGGACGUGAAUAGGCUCCGCGCUGUCAUUUACAGAGAUGUUGAGGAGACGAAGCAAGCACAGUUCCUAUCGCUCGCGAUAGUAUACUUCAUAUCGGUGCUGAUGGUGUCAAAGUACCGCGACAUAUUAGAGCCGCCCGCGCACACGCAACAAGAGUGCGCGCGGAGAGUCCACCAUUCUCAUGAACACCACGAACACAACGGUGAUGACGUGGAGUAUGCCAUGAUCGUAGUGGACGAAAAUAACUCUACGAUAAAUGAGCUUGACUCCCCUUCUAUGAAGGAUGGGACGGAAGAGGGCGUCGCUAAGAUUGAGACCACGACUGACGAGGUGAAACCCAAUGCCGGGGACAAGCCGAAGGUGGCGGAACUGGCCCUCACGCCGUGCUCUGAGAAAGAGGAGCCGCUGUUCAAAUCGAGUCUUCGAGUGAAGACUCAGCCCAAACAGAAGCCUCCCAGCGCAAGGUCCAAAACACUGUCGGGGAUAACGGUCUCUGUCGUGAACCUGAGCGUGGACUCGAUAGAAGACGCGGGCUCCUUCCACCUCAACUCCACGGAAACUACAAACAAUGACCCCGAGACGUCUAGCGAGAUUGCUCUAGAUGACAAUAAACAUCCUGUAAGCAAUGAUGAAUCAUGGACGGACGUGAACCUAAACGAGGACGGCGAACGAGGGCCCGCCACAAUCACGGGUCGGACGAGAGAUCACGAAGAUAUAGACAAACAAAUUCACAUGAGAAAUACAGAACAUCACCACAUAUCUCAGCGUCACCAGAACAGAAGUUUACAAACUGCACAACGACAUUUACAUCCGGACAAUGAAACCCUCGCCGGGCUCACCAUGAACGCAUCAAUGUCCGCGGAGGGCGUGUCCCGGGAAGCGUCCCUCACGCACAAGCUGGAGACGGCGCUGGGUCCGGUCUGUCCGCUGCUGAGGGAGAUCAUGCUGGACUUCGCGCCUUUCCUUUCCAAAACUCUUGUCGGAAGCCAUGGACAGGAAUUACUGAUGGAGGGUCUCCAAACCUUCAAAUCCAGCACCUCAGUGGUGGAGCUGGUCAUGCUGCUCUGCUCCCAGGAGUGGCAGAACUCUCUCCAGAAGCACGCGGGGCUGGCCUUCAUUGAGCUCAUCAACGAAGGCCGGUUGCUAUCGCACGCCAUGAGAGACCACAUCGUGAGGGUGGCCAAUGAGGCGGAGUUCAUACUGAACAGGAUGAGGGCGGAUGAUGUGCUGAAACAUGCUGACUUUGAGUGUCUGUGUGCAACGACGAAUCAAGAGCGUGGCGAGGAGGAGCGCACGUGCGAGCGGCUCAUAGCGGCGGCGCGGCGCCGGGAUCAGGCGUCCGCCGCGCGCCUGCUCGACAAGCUGCAGCACGCCGCCGCCGCGCGCGCCGGAGUGAGCGAAGGCGAGUCCAUCGACGGCGGGUUCUGGAAGCUGGACUCGUGGGAGGACGACGCGCGGCGCCGGCGCCGGCUGGUGCCCGACGCGCGCGGCCGCCGCCACGCCGCGCGCUCGCACCACGCGCCCGCGCCGCCGCCCACCGACGCCAUACUGCAGGCUACCGAGGAGCUGCACGCGCGCAUCGCGCAGGCGGCGGGCGGCGCGUCGCUGCCGGCGCCGCCCGCCGCCGAGCUGCUGGACGACGCCGAGCUGCUGCUGGACGAGCGGGACGCGGAGCAGGACCUUACUGGGCCGGUGAACAUCAGCACGCGCGCGCGGCUGGUGGCGCCGGGGCUGGUGGCGCCGGGCACGCUGUCGCUCACCGCCACCGAGCUGUACUUCGAGGUGGACGAGGACGACGCCGAGUACAAGAAGAUCGACCCCGAGGUGUUGAAGUACUGCGAGCACCUGCACGGGAAAUGGUACUUCAGCGAGAUCCGCGCGAUCUUCUCGCGCCGCUACCUGCUGCAGAGCAUCGCCAUCGAGAUGUUCCUCGCCAGCAGAACGUCCAUCCUGUUCGCGUUCCCCGACCAGACGACGGUGAAGAAGGUGAUCAAGGCGUUGCCGCGCGUCGGCGUCGGCAUCAAGUACGGCAUCCCGCAGACCAGACGCGCCUCCAUGAUGUCACCGCGCCAGCUGAUGAGGAACUCCAACAUGACGCAGAAGUGGCAGCGCCGGGAGAUCUCCAACUUCGAGUACCUCAUGUUCCUGAACACUAUCGCCGGCCGCACAUACAACGACCUGAACCAGUACCCCGUGUUUCCGUGGGUGCUCACCAACUACGAGAGUGAGGAGCUGGACCUCAGCCAGCCCUCCAACUACCGGGACCUGUCGAAGCCGAUCGGAGCGCUGAACCCGAGCCGGCGCGCGUACUUCGAGGAGCGCUACAACACGUGGGAGCACGAGUCCACGCCGCCCUUCCACUACGGCACACACUACUCCACCGCCGCCUUCGUGCUCAACUGGCUCAUACGCAUCGAGCCAAUGACGACGAUGUUCCUGGCACUGCACGGUGGCAAGUUUGAUCAUCCCAACAGAUUGUUUUCCUCCAUCGCGCUCUCGUGGAAGAACUGUCAGAGAGACACUUCCGAUGUUAAGGAGUUGAUACCAGAACUGUUCUUCCUGCCCGAGAUGUUGGUGAACAGUUCAGGCUACAAGCUGGGCAUCCCGGACUCUCCGUCGGGCGACGUGGUGCUGCCGCCCUGGGCCUCCUCCGCCGAGGAGUUCGUGCGCAUCAACCGCAUGGCGCUGGAGUCCGAGUUCGUCAGCUGCCAACUGCACCAGUGGAUCGAUUUGAUCUUUGGCUACAAACAGAGAGGUCCUGAAGCAGUUCGCGCGACGAACGUGUUCUACUACCUGACAUACGAGGGCGGGGUCCGCUUGGACCAGAUCACGGACCCCAUCACGCGAGCGGCGGUGGAGGACCAGAUCAGAAGCUUCGGCCAGACGCCCGCGCAGCUGCUGAGCGAGCCGCACCCGCCGCGCGCCUCCACCAUGCACCUGGCGCCGCUCAUGUUCGCCGCGGCGCCCGACGACGUGUGCCUGCGGCUGAAGCUGCCGUCCAACGCGGCGGUGGUGCACGUGUCCGCCAACACCUACCCGCAGCUGGCCAUGCCCGCCGCUGUCACCGUGAGUGCGGCGCGCGCGUUCGCGGCGCACCGCUGGGUGGGCGGCGGCUGCGCGCACUCGGCGCCCGCGCGCCACGCCGACCACCCGCCGCCGCACCACCCGUUGCUCAUGGACCCCGUGUGGGCGGCGGGCGGCGCGCAGGCGCUGUCGCGGCGGCAGCUGGGCGACAACUUCUCGCAGCGCGUGCGCGCGCGCAGCAACUGCUUCGUCACCACCGUCGACUCGCGCUUCCUCAUCGCCGCCGGCUUCUGGGACAACAGCUUCCGAGUGUUCUCCACCGAGACUGCAAAAAUAGUACAAAUAAUAUUCGGCCACUACGGCGUGGUGACGUGCGUGUCGCGCUCCGAGUGCAACAUCACGUCCGACUGCUACAUCGCGUCCGGCUCCGAGGACUGCACCGUGCUGCUGUGGCACUGGUCAGCUCGUCACGGCGGCAUAGUGGGCGAGGGCGAGACGCCGGCGCCGCGCGUCACGCUGACGGGACACGACGCGCCCCUCAACGGCGUGCUCGUCUCCGCUGAACUCGGACUAGUCAUUUCCUCGUCUGUCAACGGCCCAGUGCUGAUCCACACGACGUUCGGCGAGCUGCUGCGCUCGCUGGUGGCGGCGGAGGGCGUGACGAGCCCGCAGCAGCUGGCGCUGUCGCGCGAGGGCGUGGUCGUGGUGGCCUACGCCAAGGGGCACCUGGCCGCCUUCACGCUCAACGGCCGGAGGCUGAGGCAUGAGACGCACAACGAUAACUUCCAGUGCCUGGUGCUGUCUCGCUGCGGCGAAUACCUGGUGUGCGGCGGCGACGCGGGCGUGGUGGAGGUGUGGCGCGCCUUCACGCUGGCGCCGCUCUACGCCUUUCCGCCCGCAGGCGCGCCCGUCACCAGUCUGGCGCUGUCGCACGACCAGCGAUUCCUGCUGGCGGGUCUGGAGAACGGCUCCCUCGUUGUGUUCCACAUAGACUUCAACAGGUGGCACCACGAGUACCAACAACGUUACUGAGGCUUUCGCUACAUUAGCUUUAGCGUAUAGACGGGACAACUUAUGUAACACAAACGAAUUUAGUAUGUAUUCCAUAGGCAGUAAGGUUUAUAAUCGAGAGUCCGGUGACGCACACGUUUAUUAUCUAUUACCGUCAUAAUCUGUUCUCUGUAACGUCUUAUUCUUCUGCUAUUUAUCUCUUCUCUUAGACACAGUAAAUGUCAGAAAUGAUACCUCUUUUGGCUAGCUAAACUGUGUGAAGUUAAAGUGAAGAAAAAAAAAACUCUUAUGCCAUUCAUUGUUAUGUUAUGUGUGCACUGUAUCAUCAUUGAAUUUGUUAUUAUUUACAUUAUAACUUGUUAUUCUGCGUUUGUAGCACUGAAUACUUUAACCAAUUGCCCAAAACAUUUGUCAAAACAAAACAAUUUAAAAACCGAACUAUUGCUCAUGGCAUACAAACUAAAAUCGUUUGUAUGACUUUUGUAAACCUUAAAAUGAUAUUGUUGUCUAUGGUAGGCUAUAUUGGCGCGAACUUUUUUAAAUGUCAAAAUAAUUUGAUCAUUCUUAUUGUUUCGAAAUGAUAUUUUAAUAAAAAAAAAGAAGGGAUUUAAAAGAUUUCGUGCCAUAAUUUUAGGGUUCAGAAUAAUUGCUAAAGAGUUUGUUUAUUAAGCUGUAGUUUGCAUAAAUAAGUGGAAUGUCAUAUUAUAUAUUACAUAAUGUUAUAUGUAAUCUAUAUUUAUGUGUUUCUUCGCUAUUGAUACGACGAUGCUAUAUUUAAAAAUAUUCUGUUAAGUAAAUCAUUUUUUAACUAAAUGUCUCAAUAGUCGCUUCAUAUUUUUAUUAGCUUACAUUUAUACGAAACGAAAGAACACACGAAAUAAAAGUAUUGUUAUUUUUAUCAAUAGCGAAGAAAUUGAGAAUAAUAAUAAUUAUUAUUAUUAAUAGUGUAAUAAUUUAUAGAAUUAAAUAAAUGUUGAGAAUGUAUAGCAUUCAUUUCAAUUAAAAUGUAUUGAUGUAAGAGUCAGCUAUACGCUGUUGGUAUGUAGAUAAUAAAGUUAUUAAUUAUUAUUAUAUUUAUACCUAAGUUAAAUUUUAUAUUUUGACAUUCCAAUUUCAUAUUUAUAAAAUGUUUCUUUUAUUUGUAUAAAUUGUAUUUUAUAUUGCGUGACUUAAUUUUUUCCAUGUUAUAUUUUAGUGCCAUAGAUAAUAUUGUUUUUUUUUUCUAUAUUAGAUCUCGUCUUGGCGUCCAUUAUUACAAUAUGAGUGUACUUAAUGUAGUGCAAUAUUAUUUUUAUUAUUUUUUAAUAUUAUGAUGAUUUGCAAAUCGGCAUAUAUUUUAUGUGAUUUUUGUCAGUUUUGGAAACAUUCCAAUAGUUUUAAUGAAUUCCAAUUCAUUGGUGAAGGGUAGCUUUAGUAUGUACUUAAUGAAAUUGAUUUAUAUUGUUAUAUUAUUAUUUUUUUGGUUUUAAUUAAAAGGUCAUAUUGACUUA